CCGAACGGUACACAGUACAGACAGUACGCUCACGUGCCUAGACAACCCACCAAAAAUAUCUUCCGGCGAGCUCCCGGCCUAGUGGAUGUUGAAGCACGAAACACAAAACCCAGAGGKCAAACGUGACACCAGAAAAAUAAUGAGCUGUCUCAUUUGGCUUACCCAAAUCCAGCUGAGCGACAUUUCGAUCCGAUUCUUCAUCUGAUUGUUUUCUGAUAAGCUAGGUUUAGGGAAAAGUCUCUUUCCUACAAGUUAGAUAAUACGCAGAAUUUAUCUAAGGUUGUAGUUCAGCAGCUUCAGUCCACAUUGUUAUGGAGAGGUUGUUAUUGAUUUUGGGACUCUUGGUUGCGUCACGUUGUCUCAUCGUUCGAUCUGUUGAAUGGGAAUCCUUGGGAUGCUACAAAGACAAGCCUGCACCAAACCGCGCAAUGCCAGAUUUCUUUGGCCWCGUCCAACUCGAAGCUAACAGCACUGAUUACAAACACGUGUUUGAGCAAUGCAACGUUAAAGCCGAACAAAAAGGGUACACMUACUUUGGUAUACAGUAUAUGAAGGAGUGCUGGGGAUCAACAAACGCCAGACUAACCUAUAAUAGACAUGGGUGCAACAAUAACUGUCAAGAUGACGUAAAUGGUUAUGGCGGCGGUGGUGAUUGGUCAAAUUUCAUUUAUCGUGUCAAAGAAGAAUGGACAGAAUGCAUCGUAAAAGAAUGUGUCCAGUAUAACAUCGUGUUGGUUCCUGAGGUUGGCCCAUUGUGUCCUCCCACAAAUCGUUUAGUGUCGACAGGCAAUAUCACAAGACCUUGUCCCGAUCCCAGUCAAUGCUCUGUGAAUGGCAACUGGACGGAAUUCAGUGACUGGUCUGAGUGCAGUAAAUCAUGUGGUGGUGGUGUCCAGAUACRAACACGUAACUGUACCAAUCCUGCACCUGCUAAUGCCGGUGAUGACUGUGUUGGUCCUGCUAACGAGACUCGAGCGUGUAAUGAACAGGAAUGCCAGCUCAAGCCUGAACAAUGUACCAUUGAUGACCUUAUCAAGUUUGUUACUGCUGUUCUUCCUGCGGGGAGCGUAGAGUUGAAUAAUCAGAUGAUUGGUGCGCUACGACAAGUAGCUAAAGGCAUAGAAGCAGCAAAAGGGCUGCCAUCACAUCUAACACUGAACAAGCAGGACCUCAUUGGACGAAUAAGGAAAUCACUGGAGAAAAAUGGACGCAUUUACGCGAGGACCAUGUUAGGAUUCAUCUUACAGAAACUAGAAGACUGUCAUGGAACUGGUGAUAUUGUUAUAAAAGAAAUAAAAGACACGCUUGGAGAAGAAAAAUUCAGAGAUUUUCUUGCCGUCAAUGGAGACGUGUCCCUUGUGUUUGUUAUCGACACGACUGGAAGCAUGACUCAAGAAAUACCACAAGUCAGAAACCUUGUUCAAGCUGUUGCCAACUACAAAAGAAAAGGAAAAGUGAAUGUAAUAAUCUCACCCUAUAACGAACCUGGGGAGAAAGCAACAGCCAAGAUAUUUAUUCCACAAAUGUGGCGACUCAACGAAGCAUCGUUACGACUCGACCUUAUCAACAGCGCACAAGSAAGCAUCUYGCAAUUAAAAUUAAAUGACAGCACCAUCACCUUCGACCUUCCUGYUGACCAGUCCUUCAAGAUACGUCUAAMUGGCAACACACGUGACGGGGAGUCAUUCAUGAGGACGUCACGUGUCAUCAGACCGCAGGCCGCAGUCAUCCGGGCUCAGAUCCUUGAAGACAUGCAGACAGUCAAGCGCGGUAAAAUCUCRUACUUUCGCGCSUUAAUCGAUCACAUGGCUGAUAAMGAUAUGGUUUUUACAGUGCAAGGUUCUUCAUCUACACCAGGAGUAUUCUUGACUAUGAGGAGAUCUGUUAGGGUUAGGAAGGGAAGACCAGGGUUUAUUCCUGUGUUUGUUGUUACUCGACUCUCAGUGUCUGCUGGUACUGUUGCUAAGAUAAAGAUAAGCGCAAAGAGCGAAGAUGUUAACAUUAAUCUUUUAGCUAAAGUUAUGGUAAUUUAAUGCAAAAUUGAUAAAAACUGAAAUAAAACUGUUGAAAGCGCC